GACGUAGUACCAAUCGUACAAAUCUCUUAAAACCAUAAGAAAUUAUAAAUACUCGUAUCCGCAAACUCCUUCACCCGCAACCGCUGCAUUUGAACUAGUAAGACUCAGUUUGAAUUGGGCAUCGAUUGAAGUUUUUACUUUUUGAUUCGGUUCUAAAAGACGGAGUCUUUGAGUUUUAAAAUCCACGUGGGCAUUAACUAUUGGUUCAUUAUACAUCACUGAAGCCUGAGAGCCUCUCUCAAUUCAGUAUUUUCUUCGCCGUCGCGUCCUCUUCUUCCGGUAGGAUUCGCUCAGAUAUGGCCACCGUCACAUCCAACGCGCCGCCUAAAUCCUUCUCCUCCACCAUCUCCAACCCCCUGAAACCCCUAACCCCCAAACUUCCAUCCCUCCGCUUCCCACCUCGCAAGAAACAUCAUCAUCAAAACCGUUUAUCCAUAAACGCCGCCGUAUCACCACUCGAAACCCAAACCUCCCCACCUUCACCGGACUACCGUUUCGAGAUCCUCUCCGAAUCCCUCCCCUUCAUCCAAAAAUUCCGCGGCAAAACCAUCGUCGUCAAAUACGGCGGCGCCGCCAUGACCUCCCCGGAGCUAAAAGCCUCCGUCGUCAGCGACCUCGUCCUCCUCUCCUGCGUCGGUCUCCGCCCCAUCCUCGUCCACGGCGGAGGUCCCGACAUCAACCGUUACCUCAAACAGCUCAACAUCCCCGCCGAGUUCCGCGACGGACUCCGCGUCACCGACGCCACCACCAUGGAGAUCGUCUCCAUGGUCCUCGUCGGAAAAGUCAACAAAAACCUCGUUUCGUUAAUCAACGCCGCCGGAGCCACCGCUGUCGGGUUAUCCGGACACGACGGUCGUCUCCUCACGGCCCGACCGGUUCCCAACUCGGCUCAGUUGGGUUUUGUCGGGGAAGUCGCGAGGGUUGAUCCUAACGUGUUGCGUCCGCUUGUGGCUUCCGGGUACAUUCCGGUGAUUGCUUCUGUUGCUGCGGAUGAGGGUGGGCAGGCUUAUAAUAUUAAUGCGGAUACGGUGGCGGGGGAGCUGGCGGCGGCGCUUGGAGCGGAGAAGCUGAUUCUGUUGACUGAUGUGGCGGGGAUAUUGGAGGAUAAGGAGGAUGUGGGGAGCUUGGUGAAGGAGAUUGAUAUCAAGGGAGUGAAGAGGAUGAUUGAAGAUGGGAGAGUUGGUGGUGGGAUGAUUCCUAAGGUGAAUUGUUGUAUUAGGUCUCUUGCUCAGGGAGUGAAAACGGCGAGUAUUAUUGAUGGGAGGAGACAACAUUCUUUGCUUCAUGAGAUUAUGUCUGAUGAAGGUGCUGGAACUAUGAUUACUGGAUGAAUAAUGUGAUGUUAUAGGUGGGUGAUCGAUCAUUGCCAAUGAUUGUGUGGUUAAUUGUCAAAUCUAUAACUCAUGAUCGUUGCUUGUGACUCUUAGAAAAACUUUUUGUUGGAAGCUCUUGUGGUUCUAUGAUUGUUCUUAGUCUUUGAAAAGUUCACAUUUGUGGAGACAAUAAGUUGUUCUGAGGAUAGUUGUUUGAGGAGUUUUUUUAUUUCUCUGUUGUUAGUUCUGUUACUGUUUCUACUUUUGUGUACCAUCUGAUUCAAUCAAAUGAACAAUGUUGGCAUAUAGGGUCAGUGAACAGUAGCGAUUGAUCUUUC